GCGUGUCGAGCAAUCUUUCCCAAAGGUGUCUUCCGGCUUCCUCUUUGAAUCCCCCGCGCUUCCAAACCACCGAAACGCGAUUGUUCAGGUCAAAAUCGCGUUUUCACCUCAGCAUUUUCCGAGUUUCAGUUCCUCUCAAUCAUUAUCGCUACCGUUUCCGCUUCUCGCUCGCAACUCCUAUGACGCAAUCGCGUUGCGCGCGGCGCAAGAACGCUCCUCGCAUUCCUCAAACCCUCGAACAGCGUCGGUAACCGCAAUUGGCAGCAAUUUAGGGUUUCGGUGCAGUUGAAAACACCAAUCCCAUGGAUGGUGACGACGAUCCUUCAGCACUUGCAUGGCUUUGGGUCGUUGAAGCCCUAUCAGCCUGCAAAAAAAUCUCUCCUCCCACUUUACAGCGUAUGAUUAAUUCAGGCCCUGUGAAGGAUGAGAAAUUAAGUGAAACCACAAGGGAAUUGGUUGCUCUGAGGUGUUUGGAGGAAGUGUCUGCUUGUGUGGUUGACACUGACGCUUCUUCUACCGUGGAUUCCAGAGUUGGAUUCGAUUUUUCGCGUGGUUGUGAAGAUGUCCUCCAAGAAACAUUGGGUGAGUUAAUCCCAUUAUCAAAACUGAAAAUGGCUGGAGCAGAGCUUUUGAAAUGGGAUGUUCAGCCAUUUGUUAAGCACAAAAGAGCUGACACUUUUAAAUGUCACUUAGAGCAGCUGAGAGAAUCGAUCUUGGAAGGUACUCAUCCACAUACUGAUUACAUGAAAGAAAGAAGUGGGUUAUUUCCUCAGAAUGGAAGUUAUACAGUGGCUGUAAGUGACGAAAAAUAUGAUCAUUCAGAUAAGGAUGCGGGGAACUCCACUGUUGCAAAAAAUAUGGGAGAAAAAGAGAACUCAGUGUCCUUAAUUUUAGGUGACGGGAAUAAAUCUUCAAAAGAACACAUGCUUGAUAAUAAUUUUUUGCCAUCUAAGAGUAGGGUUCACUCAGCUGAUGAUCAUCUUACAAGACACCGUGGAAAGCAAGUUUGUAUAAAUGAAUGUGAUGAUUUCUUUAGAAAUUCAAAGAGGAUUAAAUGUUAUGCAUAUACAAGUUUUGAUUCUAAGAAAGAAAAACCAGUUUCUCAACUCAGACAGGAAGCUUCAGAACAAUUAACUGAAAGAAUUCUUCCAAGUUCUGAGCAAGGAAAGCAUCAUGCUGACAACAAUAACAUGGAAAUUCUGGGUGAUGUGUCCUCAGAGGAUAGUCACAAUAAAUGUACUGCUUCAAAAUUGUGCCAAUCCAGCAGCCAUAUUGAAGUCUUUCAUGAUGAAUCAAAUAUUCCUUUUAAUGAUACUUUGAUGCUUCAACAUUCAUUUGGAGGCGAAAAUUUUCAGCAACGGCAGGUUGAGUCAAUUUCAUAUAUUGCACUUCCAGAUAGAAUCCAGCAUAAGAUUUCUGGAACUAAACCCUGGUCUAAACAGGAAACAGAUUUACAACUCGAAGAUCCUAAUGGCUCACUGCGGCAAAGUGCUAGUGUUAAAGCUCCAGAUCAUACCGAGAAUAGUUGUGGGGUAGAGAUAUCGGGUGCUAUUGUUUAUCAAGGUGAAAAGAUUAACCUUGUGAUAGAAAAGAAGGCAGAUCAAAAUCUUUGUUUGAAGUGUAAUGAAGGUGAUCAAUUACUGAUUUGUGAUGCAAAUGUUGUCCAACCAGUGGUUCCUGAAAAUUGUCUUGGUAUGACAACCACCAUUAUGCCUCAGCACACCUAUGUAGCUGAACCUUGCAAUAAUACAUCAAUGGAUGAAACUGAUGGCACUGCACAUCAUGCCAUUCCAACAAAUGAUUCUAAUGCAGAAAAAAAUCAGCAUAUGAUUAAUUUACACCAACCUAAACAAAAGGAACCAGAUAUUCGACCUUUAAAUCUCUCUCAGAAGCCAGUUGCUAGUGAUAAAACUAAAGUUGAUAUGGUUAAUGAAUGUGGAGCAGAGUUAUCAAGUGAUGGUGAUGGAUAUCACAAUGAAAAAAAUUAUUUUGAAGCAAGGACUGAAUCAAAUGAACAAAAUCUUUGCAUGAAGUGUAAUGAAGGUGGCCAAUUACUGGCUUGUAAGAAAACUACUUGCCCAUUGAUGGUGCAUAAAAACUGUCUAGGUGCAUCUGCUCAGUUGGAUGCAAAGGGCAACUUUUUUUGCCCAUUUUGUGCAUAUUCUCAAGCUAUUUCAGAAUAUCUUGAAGCCAAGAAAAAUGCUUCCUUUGCAAGGGAAGAAUUAGCCAUAUUCAUUAGUAAAGGUAUACAAAAUCAAGCUGCAGAACUUGUUUAUGAUUUUCAAAGACAAGAACAUUGUUUUUCAAGAAAGAGUAGCAAGUGUGAACAUAGUCAUGUCAAAGACAACGAAAAUGACCAGUUAACAGGGUAUGAAGGCAAUAGAGAAGAUCAGGAUGGUGGGCAUCCAAAUGAAGCAAAUAAUCUUCAGUUUGAAAAAUGUCAUCAACAAGCUCCUAUACCAUGCAUUCAUUCAUCAUGCAGAGAAAAGGAAAAUGUAAAUAAUGGAUAUGAUAAAGUUUUAAGAGAAGAGGAAAUAGGUGAAAUGCCAAAUGCAAAGAGCUUAACUGGUGGAAGAGUUGAAGAAACUGAAGUGUCAACUGAUCAUGUAGAUAGACAUGUUGGUGAUAAAUUUACUUGUGAAAAAACAAAUAUUGCUCCUGUUAAUAAAAGCAAUGCUGGAGAAGUUCCGCAAGAAAUGAUUAAACAGCACAAUAUUGAUGGAACAAUAGAGCCUGUCCGUGCACAUGAUACUGGAAAAGAGGAAAUUUCUGAACAUGAAUGUGAAACGCAUAGUAUUCCUAGAUACACCAUGAGAUUCCGUGAACAUGUAACACAAUGCAAACCCCAAGCAAGCCCGGUAUUUCAUUGUAGUCAGUUUAGACGAAGGAAAAUUCCAUGGACAGCUGAGGAGGAAGAGCUGAUAAGGGAGGGAGUGAAGAAGUUUGGGUUGAAUGACCCAAAGAAAUGGAACAAAAUUUUAGCAUUCGGUUCUUGUGUGUUUGAGAUGACUGGUAAGCGUCGGACAUCACAAGACCUAAAGGAUAAAUGGAAGAACAUGUGCAAAGCUCACUCAAAAUCAAAAUGAAAGGCAUCAUCUCAAAUGAUACUUGAAAGAUUGGUCAGUCUGUCUGCUGCUGUUCCUCAUUCUCAUCUGACGACUGCCAGUAGUUGAAAGUUAGAUACAAUUAGUAUUGUCUAUACAAGGACUCAGCUCUACCAUGAACUACUCAAUUUGUUUAUGGGUAACCCUAUUAUAUCUUAUAAAAUAUAGCUUAUUAGAUCUGGAUUGAAUCUGUGUUAUGCACUUCCUGUCUGAUUUGAUGAAUUUUCUGUACCAUGUUCUUUCACUUCAGGAGAUAUUUUAGUCCAAAAGAAGAUUAUUUUGCAUCUAGUUCCUCUUGUCUACAUAUUAUUGGUUGAUAGAAAGAAUAUGAUCCAUAUCUAAAAAUUAUCUGUACUGGUAUAUAUAGUUCCAGCAAGGUUUUUGUCUCAAUAUCUUAACCUCAAAAAGAAAGAAUUAUGGUUCAUGGAUCUUUAUUUAUGGCUUCAAAAAUUCAGUUUUCCUCUUCCUGUUCUCUAAAUGAAAACAAACAGUUAAAGUUGAUAGUAGUUGGUAGAAAUUGUGGUUUUGUUCUCCGCUCGUCUUGAUAUUCUAUGAAUGUAAACAAAAAUAAUGAAGCAGAUUGCAUUUAUAUCAAGAUGUUGGUAUGCGAUAGACAUUAUCUUUUUCGGCUCAUCAAUGUGCUCAAAGUUCGUUACUUAGUAUCCUAGGAUCUUUUUUGUUCAUCAAAUUAAUCUGGUUGAGUCAAUUGUAUGACAUUUGUUGACACUGUUGUUUGCUUAUGUUUAAUGCAUUUCAUUUUUUUCUUCCAUCCAGAGUCCAGAAACAUUUGGCCAAUGAUUUUUUAUAUUGUUACAGCUAGUCUCCCAUUACAUUUACAGCAAUCACUUUACCCGUACAAGAAAGGUGCAAGAUCUUUUGCCAAGAGAAUCAUGGGAGUGGUGCUUUACAUGCCAUUUCAAUAAGGUUGAUUAGUUCUGACCACUUGAUUGCCAAUAAUAAGGUUGAUUUAUCUUUGACCAUUUAAAACAAACAAUUGAUGUAAAUUUUCACUGCAAGCGAUCGCUUGUAUAAAAAGGUUUUAGUGAAAUCUUGAUGAUAUAAUAUAUCUCUAUAUAUUUUCCAUAGGUGUUUCAUGUUAAUUAUCUUUUCACAAUUGCCUGUGUAUAUUUCCUCCCCUUUAUUUCUUUCUUUUCCUCCCGAAUGUAUUUCCAGUUUGUCUUGUAACCGUUAAGUAUAUCUGUGUCGUACGGUUGCCUUAUAUGCAACAAUUUUACCGUACCAUCACUCACAUUGUCAUGUCUAAAUUUGCCUUAUUUGGUUUUAAGUAGGCUUUUUCCAGGCUUCAGUGAUAAGAAUGUAAUUCACAGAUGACACAGGUAGGCAUGGGAUAAAGGUGAACUGGGUCUCGAGAAUCAGGUUGUGGAUUGCAGGAAAACAUGUGAAAUGUAGCUCGUGAAAUUGUAAAAUGUUGAGGUGGAUCUUUCUCUUAAUUCUUCCGUUGGAGGACAAAUUCAGCCAUAGUAUAGAAUCCAAAGAUGAGUGUCAGAGUUCAUUCAAAGCACUCACAGUUACUUGGAAAAACUCUUGUCAUAUACUGUAAUCACUGCCUCAACAUUUAAUAACCUUUUUUCUUUCACAUCGGGGAUCAAAUGUCAUCUCUUCAUUUGUAA